UUCAAAAAUAGGCACGCACAAUUCGAAGUCACUUCAUAUACGACGUUGUCACUUCAAGAAUGUGAAGUGACAACGUUUUGCGUUGUUUUCGCGCCAUGACGUCACUAAACACCAUUAUCCGACAUUUGCCGAAACCGAAGUUUGAAGUCACAUCGCCAACUUGGUACCAAAAAAAAUCUUUUUUAGUUGUGGCGUAUAUCGAAGUCGCCACUGUCGUAUAUAUGAUAAAUUACGGACCACACGAAAUCACUUCAACGCGUAUUUAGCGAAAUUUUCCGUGAAGUCACUUCAUCGAGAGUAGGACAUUUGACAACGACGCAUUUAUUCUCAAACCGUUAGCGUGAAGUGAAGACGUGCACAUUUUUACGUUCUUUUUUAUACAUUUGGUCUUUGAAAACAUGAAUUCCAGAACGAAGAAAAUUUUUCACAAAGCAAUGGGAAUUUCUAAGCAAUAUUUACCACCGGCUAGGAAUACUGACAAAAUGGAAAUAACUAGAGGAAUUUCUAAGCAAUAUUUACCACCGGCUAGGAAUACUGACAAAAUGGAUAUAACUAGAGAUUGGAUCGAAAAUAGUUUUCAUUUAGAUGCUGCUGUUCCUUUAGAACCACCUAAAAAUACACAAACAACAAAUGAUAAUAAAAGUAAUUCUUCUCCAGAAUUAGGAGCUGACGUUAAUAUACCUGAAAUCAAUGACGAAAUUCGCAUACAAAGUGGCUGUUGUGAACUCAAAAGCUGUGAUUGCAGUCUUAUAUCCGGAACACCUAGCAAUACCCUAACUAGUGAGCAUUCAUCGCCAUUUUGCAUUGACCGGCGUCGAAGUAAGACAAAUAAAAUAUCUCCAAUACUUACUGGUGAUAUAGAUAAAUCCGAUACUAUAAAUCCUAGUUUUGGAACAAACAAUAUUGUUGAUACAAACCUCGAUACUAACACAGGAACCGAAUUUGAUAUUUUGCUUGGUUUAUCCCAAUGUCACUCAAUGCAAAACAAUAUAACUCCAAACACUGAUCAUUUUAACUACAUUUCUGGAGAUUCUAUUUUGGUAACGAACAAUAUAGUCGAUAUUAACACAGGAACGGAAUAUGAUACUUUAUCUGCCUCUUUGCAAUUGCACCCAAUAGAAAACAAUAUAAACACAAACACUGAUCAGCAUAAAUAUAUUUCUGGAGAUUCCGAUGAUAGCCGAGAUAGAGACUACGUGUGUGAAAGUGAUUUGACGUCAGAAAGCUCCCAGUCUUCUGCUACCAAGGAUUCCGAAAACGAAGUUAUAGACAUAAUGGAAACUGAAAAAGAAAAUUUUAUUCCUAGAAAAUCUAAGGAAAAAAUAAAGGAUAAAGCGAAAAGUAAAAACGAUCAUUUUUCCAAUACAGAAGCGCAAAGUCGAGUGUUCAACAUUGAUGAACUAAUAAAACAAAAAAGAAAUGUCAAUGACAAAAAGCAAGUUUUAUGUAAAUAUUGCAAAUGCAAAAUUGCCACAAAAAAUUUCGCAAGGCAUUUGGAAUCGCACCAUAGAGAUGAAAACGAAGUCAAAAAGAUGUUACAGUAUCCUCGCAAAAGUAAAGAAAGGAGACAAGCUUUCAGUUUGUUUAGGAAUCAUACUAACUUUGAUCAGUAUAUUGAAGGCGUGAUUUGUCCAUAUCGCGAAACAAUAAAAAAAAAUUCUUUGACAUAUUACCCUUGCAUAUACUGCAAAGGAGUUUUUCAAAAAGAGUAUCUAAAACGCCACUCGAAGUUAUGUGUUAUGCAAAACAGUAGAAAAGAGUUAUCUAGCAAUGGACGAAAUUAUUAUAUUACUAACUCCCAAACUGCAAUUGCGUGUGCCAUGGAUACCACAAACGUAAUCUCAAGAUUAAAUGUAAAGGAACUGGUAUUUUCUAUCAUGAAAGGAGAUGAGAUAUCCUUACUCUAG